AUGGCAGACCUCCACCACAUCUAUGGAGCCUGCGCGUGCGAACGGAACAAAUACAACAUUGCAAUUCCGGGCGACGCGACAUCCCUCGUUCAAGUGUUCUGGGACAACACUGCCUACAGUCGUAGAGUCCAAGCAGCACCAACCACAGCUUGGCUGAGAGUCCCGCUGGACUGGUUCUUCAGCCAGACCGAGAGCUACUACGAAGACGAGUCGCACAGCUCCAUCAAGCGCACCUUCCACACCCCAUCUAAUGACCCGAACAUCCCUCCAACACGCCGCCAAUUCUGCGGUUACUGCGGCAGCCACCUGACCCAAUGGAACGAAGCCGUACACCACGACUACACAUCAACGAAUCCGGACGGCUACCUGGACGUGACGCUGGGCUCUCUCUUCAGCGAAAGUCUGGAACGAUUGGAGAAGUUGAAGAUACUGCCUGAUGCGGACACAGACGAAGAGUCCGUUGUCAGCGGAGAGAGCACCAGAGCAGGAGGAAGCAUCAACAGAGAAGACCACAUCACGACCAACGAGGCUUCUGCCGGUGGUGUAGGCGCACCGCGACGAAUCGUACGAUCGCCGGUCCCUCACCAGACGGUUCUACGCGCGGUCAACCAACCCCCGCACAACGUGCAGAACCGCGGCAUGCCAUACUUUGAAGAUAUGAUACAGAACAGUCGGCUUGGUAAGAUCAGGCAUCGGACGGGUGGUUACACUUCAAGAGAUGGCACGAAGACCAUCCGGUGGGAGGUGACAGAAAUUGGCGGCCGUGAAGAUGAGCCUAUGACAGACGUGCCAGAGGGUCAGCUUAACAAGCGGCCGAAGCUGGACCUCUGA